AUGAGACUCUUCUCCAGGAGGCCCCUCGGUGGGAUGGCCCAGCUCUGGCUCCUGGGACUUAUGCUCUGUGAGCUGGGCAGCAGCAGCUUCCUUGGGAAUUACCUUCACACUUCCAGCUUCCUCCAGAGGAGACUCAGUGGCCGGGAGAAGCGGGAAAUGCAGCGGGAGAUCCUGUCCAUCUUGGGACUGCCAGGCCGCCCCAGGCCCAGGUCCCCCCCUGGGGCCAAGUUGCCAUCUUCAGCUCCACUCUUCAUGUUGGACCUGUACCACGCCAUGGCCAGUGAAGAGGAAGAUGGGCAAGGCAGUGAGGAUGCAGAGGUGUCCUGGGGCCGUGGGGUCUCCAGGCCUGUGCUGACCAGUCUGAGCACCCAGAGCCCUCCUCUGGAACGUGUCAUCAGCCAUGCUGACAUGGUCAUGAGCUUCGUAAAUAUGGUCGAACAUGACCGGGAUCUCUUCUACCAGGAGCCCUACUGGAAGGAGUUUAGGUUUGACUUGACCCAGAUUCCAUCAGGGGAAUGUGUCACAGCUGCUGAGUUCCGCAUCUAUAAGAUGAAGAGUUUUACUCGACACCUCAACAAGACCCUUCACAUCAGCAUCUAUGAGAUCGUCACCGAGCAGUCGAACAGGGAAUCUGACUUAUUCUUGUUAGACCUGCAAACCCUCCAGGCUGGUGAGGAGGGCUGGCUGGUUUUUGAUGUAACAGCUGCCAGCAAUCACUGGUUAUUAAACCGGAAAAGUCAUCUGGGACUUCGUCUCUAUGUGGAAGCUGAGGACGGGCGCAGCGUUGAUCCUGGAUUAGCUGGACUUCUGGGUCGGCAAGGGCCACGCUCCAAACAACCUUUUAUGGUCACUUUUUUCAGGGCAAAUCAAAAUCCCAUCCGAGCUCCUCGGGCACUCAAGCAACUGAAGAAAAGGCAGCCGAAAAAAAGCAAUGACCUCCCCCACCCAAACAAACUCCCAGGGAUCUUUGAUGACAUCCAUGCCGCUGAGGGCAAACAAGUUUGCAGGAGGCACGAGCUCUACGUUAGCUUCCAGGACCUUGGCUGGCUGGACUGGGUCAUUGCACCUCAAGGGUACUCUGCCUAUUACUGUGAGGGGGAAUGUGCCUUCCCUCUGGACUCCUGCAUGAAUGCCACCAACCAUGCCAUCCUGCAGUCCCUGGUGCACCUGAUGAAGCCAGACAGCGUCCCCAAGGCCUGCUGUGCCCCCACCAAGCUGAGCGCCACCUCGGUCCUUUAUUAUGAUACCAGCAACAACGUCAUUCUCAAGAAGCACCGGAAUAUGGUGGUGAAGUCCUGCGGCUGUCACUGAGCCCCCUGCGAGGGACCUGCAGCUCGCAGAGAAGCCCCACCACUGGUCUGCAGGCUGGCCGCCUGGAGCCCCCACAUCAGGGAACCUUCUGCCCACCAAUAAAGUAAUGCAAACCCCCCUGCUCCCUGAUGGAUGGACGGAUGGAUGGAUGGACAGACAGAUGUCUAAAGAGGCCUCCUAAUGGCAGCAGCCCACUAGCUGUGAAAGCCCAACGGCAUGGGGCUGGGGCGGGGGUGGGCAGCUGCUGGCUACAGCCCCCUUGCUGUACGGUCUGCUCCGUAAGUGUUUGGCCCCUGGACAGUGAAGGUGCUUCUUGGGUUGGCAGAUCUCCACUGAUUUGGGAACCUUAGCUAGGAGGCAGCCAUUGGGCACGGGGCCACCUCUAGACACCCAGAUAGUCCUGCCCGGCUGGCUUCUAGGAGAAGAACGGUUGCCCUUUGUCACAUCGGGCUGGACCGGAGAUCUAGAGGGAGGAGGCCAUCCAGCCCACCCCCUCCUUUUUCCAAAGAGGUGCUAGACAAGAGGUAACAGACCCGGUAGAUGAUGUAAAUAAUCAUGGCCCCCACUUGACUACAGAGCAUUUUCCAGUUUGCAGAAGUCCCUGGUGGGAGGGAAUCGAGCAAUUGUAUCCCCGUUUUGCAGACAAGGAAACGGGCUCCGGGAAAGAGAGUGAUUUCCCAGAGUCACCUAGCAAGGGAAGAGGCUGAACAAGGACGGGAAUGUUCAAGCAGGGCUCCUGAUGCAAUCCUGUGUGCUUCCUACUG